AUGAGGGCCGGGCAGUUCAACUUGUGCAAAAACAAACAGCGUGCAUCUUCUUGCCCGGGCCAAACCUUACACAGAUAUAACCUUGCUUGCCAUCAGAUUCAGCUCUCUGCGCACACUCCACCCUCACAAGCAUUCCGCUCGACACGAGGAUUUACGGGUGAAUAG